AUGGCCAGGAGAAGUUUGCCCCUGAAUCCUGGGGAUGCUGAGCUGCUGUCGCCUGAGCAUUCUGGGGAUGGUGCCGUUCUGCACGAGCAAGUUUCAAAAGACAGGUGGUGCGUGAGUCUGCCGGACCUUCAGCAGUUUCGCCGCCUCGUUCAGCGAGCAGUUGCUGAAGAGAAGAUCCGACCAACUGAACGAGACAUGUUUGAUGUAGGAGACUUCACAAUCGGGCCGUCCGUCUACACGGUCACCGAUCAGUUCAUCAAGCCAGUGACUGCCAAUGCUGGCAAUAUGAGUUGGGCCCUACUGAAAAAUCCUGGUGGACUGCAGUGCGAUGCCUUCGUGACACAUUGUUGGGCAGAAGGGAUCCGAAGCGUGCGCAGGGCGUGUACGUCUGCUUCCUCUCUAACCCCCAAAAUCUGGACAUCAGCAGUCUCAUAG